GUGUACGGCACUGGCGAUCUUGGCCGUGUGGUUGCGGCCAUGAACGCGAAGGCUCUCGUGGCUGGGGGAGUACUGUUGCGCCGGGUGAAGGCGGAGUCUGACAAGAGGCUCGAAGCUGCGGCUGAACAGCUUCAUUUGACUGUGGAGAACGAGAAGCUCAAAAAGGAGAUAGCGGUGCUUCAAGCUCUUGAUGACUUGCGGAAAAAACAGAACGAAGAGUUGGAGGAGAGGGCGCGACGCCAUGAUACUGUUGUUUCUGAAAUGCAGAAAGAAUUGGAUUCGAAGGAGGCCACCAUUGAGGGCCUGAGGCAGGAAAUUGUGAAAAGUGUUGAUAACGCCAAGAAGGCGGAGAGUCUCGCUGUUCAACUCUCCGGCGAGUGCUCUAAGAAGGAUCAACUUAUUGAGAAAUUACAAGAGGAAGCCCGAGAGAACACGCAACUGCUUAGCGAGGCCACUGAAGAAAUAGUUGAAAAGAGCUCAGAGAUCUACGAAGCUUACAGAGAUGCGCUCGCGACCUUCGGGGCAGAGCCGAACCUUUGUUGAGGUCCGAUGGCCUGGGUUUAAAUGGGCUUCUUGACUGGAUGCUCAAGGAAUUUGCCGUCUUGGGAAAUAUCUUGACUGAUAUCUCAGACAACUCGGCAGUUAUCUCUUGUGAGAAUGCCUUCGCCUUGCUCGAGCAUGAAGGCUAUCAAGACCUGGGCAAGAUUACUGCUCCUGGGUAUCAGUUCCCGGAGUCCUCGGAGUUGGAAACCUAUUGUGGCCGAAUUCAAACUGUGAAGAAGGCUUUUCUGCGAAGGUUCUGGCUGUCUGCUGGUCGCCAAACUUUGCGUGACAUAGCUCGCCAGCGUCUUGAAGAGUCCAAACGAGCUUGUGAGGCCGCAAAAGGAGUUGUCAACGAAGGUGUAGAUCCUGGAGAACUCACUGGGGCAUCUGGCCAGAUCGGGAGCGAUAACGACGAAGAAGACCCGAAGGUCUAGGGGUUUUUAGUUUUUGAGAUGAACUUGACUUUUUGUGAAGUAAAUUCUGAUGUAAAUAUUCCCACCCUGGCCAGGCGAUUGUGCCGGCAGGUCAAACACUUUAUGUGGCGCCGCUUCGAGUCGGGCGCGAUGGUGUUGCUGCACUUUGGACAGACUGGGAGCGUUUCAGCUUCGCUCACCCGGGUGCGAGCGUUGUCGAGUUUUUGAACGCUAGUGGUGCCACGAGUAUCUGAGUUGUGAUGAACAAUGCCCUUGUUGGGGUGGAUAAUGUUGAUUUUAUGGUUGAUGUAA